GACCGGUCAGUCGAGGCGCGUGUUGGUGGGUCCUUUGAGGACAUCAGGCACUGUGAGGGGAGGGAGGCGGGUUGAUUUGUGGACCAAGCUGUGUUUGUAGUGGGCCUGUGUUUGAUUCACAAGCUGGAUCGCCUUUGCAGUUUGACCUUUCCCGCGCAUCAACCAUCAACAUGUUCAAGCUGUGCAUGCUUGCGGCGGCCACCUUGGCACUGGCUGCUGCCCAGGAUCCUGCCGAGGGCUGGAUGGGCUACGCCAAGGGCGUGUCGCCCCGUGGCACCGGUGUUAUCACCCAUGCCGAGGCCAAGUGGAAGGUUCUGAGCAAGCCAAACAACGCUGCCAACGCCUUCUAUUCCCCCUGGUUUGGUAUCGAGAGCUCAGACAACCUCAACCUCAUCCAGCCCGUCAACCCUUGGACUGGCCGCGCUUGGCAAAUGUACAUCGAGUAUUUCCAGUGGGAACCCGAGCAUAACGAGAAUAGCCAGGGCCAUAUCGUGUCCCCUGGCGAUGUGCUCCACGGUGUCAUCGACCUGGACCAGAGCAGCCAGACCUACAUCAUCUCGCACACCAACCUGAACACGGGCUGGAACGUGAAGACGCAAAUUCCGGUUCAGCGCAAGCUGUCAGGCGAAUACAAGGAGUACACCAUCCUGUACUUUGUCUUUGAGAAGACCUUUGCCUGCCACCAAUACCCCGCCGAGGAGGUCGUCACCUUUUACGACAUUGCCGUUCAGUACGACAACCAGACGGUCGCCCCCACUUGGACGACUGCGUAUGUCGAUGACAACUGCAACAACCGCGCCCACAUCCUCAACGAAACUACCAUCUCCAUCACCUGGGAUACCUCCAUGUAAAUGUGUGUCUAUUUCAGACGCUGGCCUUCAGCAACACAGGGGCCGGCUGCGUACGACACACCCAUGCCCCUCCUCCCCCCCUUUCUUUUUUCUUUUUUGCGCUGACUGCGGCUUUCGAAGUGGGCAAGUCUCCCUUGCCAUACACAAUUCAACACCUAGAGGUG